AUUCAGUCUUUUGAUCCACUACAGUAUAGAGUGGAUACAGCAGGGACUGUUUAUUUUGUUUUAGAUACAGUCUAGCCGAGGCAUAGUAGUUUGGAACAAAACCUUUGAAACUGAUAAUGAUGGAGACAUGUACAUAUGUAGAGACUCCUAAUUAUCGACGGUAUGAUCUUAUUGCUUUGCAUACACGUUCAGAUUUAGUAGAGUCAUGUGUAGCCCUGCUGAACAGUGAAUGGUCUCGCAGUCAUGCUGCAAGGUUGCAUUCACUGAUCAAAUCAAAUGAUUCUUUACCAGCAUCUUUGGCAAUGGUUGAAGUUGACAUCUGCACACAGUCAUGGGACACAGUUGGGCAUAGCCGUUUAGCGAAGGUUGUUAAUCAGCCAAAUAGCGUUCUUGUUGAAUCAGUGGUAGUGCAGAAAUAUAGACGGGGUGAGGGACUUGGAAAGAUAUUGAUGAAGCUGACUGAAACUUGCUGCAAGAAAAUGGGGUUUACUACGGUUUACCUGUCAACGAAAGAUAAACAAGGGUUCUAUAGUCACCUUGGGUACACUCUUUGCAACCCUGUCAUUACCAGUGGAGCACAGAUGCUAAGUACUUGUGAUUUAGGGACGGAUUGUGAGUCUUCUUGUCAAAGUUCAUCGACAUCAAGUUGCUCAAUGGGUAAAAAUGCUGAAGUAGAAGCUGACAAAGAGGAGGUCGUGUCAGAGAACAUCCCAUCAGCAACACUACUGCCACCGCCGCCGCCACCACCACCACCACCACCACCCAAUAUAAAUCAUAAAGCAAUCUGUCAAAUUUGGAUGAAAAAGGAUAUUUGAAAAUUUGCUGAAGUACUAGAAAAAGUGCUGAUAGAUGCUUGCCUUUUUAUUCUCAUAAUCAUGUCAAAUCUUUCCAGUUACCAGAAUAUUUAUUUAUUGUAAUAAUGAAUUGUAUAUAAUUUAAAUAAUUAUAAUUUUUAAACUUUCUAAUGAGAAUUGGUAAUCACUGGUCAGGGAUGUAGUUAUGUUUGGUGGAGAUGGGCGGGGCCACCCAGCUUUGAAGUUUUCCACCCUAUCUAAAGCUAAUUUCAUGGCCCUCCACCCACCCAAUUUUUCAUUCUUAAAAUCCACUCAUAUUUUUACCAAUCUUAUCACCCACCCACCCUAAAAUAUCUAUAGUAUUACCCAUCCUUAGGUUUCUGCAGCUACAAGCCUGACUGGUGUACUUGUGGUACCAUUAAUACUUCAUUCAUAGUGUAGAAUAUUCUUAUAUUAUAAAUUUAAAAUUGACAGUUGAGAAUGUAAUAUAAUCUGUGUGAGUGCUUGACUAUGUGACCCCGUGUGCUGGUGGUCAGAGGCAGUCUGGGGCACCU